AUGAAGGAAGAAAUUCAAAACGAAUUAGCUCAGACAGAGUCACAGAGAGAAGGAAGAAUGUUUUCUUUUCUCAUCCCAGUGUUCGAGGUUAUCAAGGUGGUUAUGGCUUCCGUUUCCUCCAUAGUCUUUCUCGGCUUGGCCUGUGUAACACUCGCUGGUACAGCCGUGGCAUUAGUCGUAUCUACGCCGCUUUUCAUCAUAUUCAGUCCCAUUCUCGUACCCGCCACUAUAGCCACGACUCUCCUAGCUACUGGGCUCGGCGCUGGUACCACCCUCGGAGUGACGGCGUUGGGUCUCCUCAUGCGGCUCAUUAAGCAUCCUGGAGGAGCUGAAGCUCUGGCAGCUCAGCCAUCUUUCUUCCUAUCCCUGUUGGAAAUGCCAAACUUUAUUAAGAGCAAGCUGCUAGGUAGGUUGCCUAGUCUACCAGGAGUAGGAAAGAAAUCGAAAGGUAAAAAAGGUAAGUCCAAACAUGACAAAAAAUCCAAAGGUAAAAAAGGUAAGUCCAAACAUGGAAAGGGUAAAGGUAAAUCCAAGGGUAAAAAAGGUAAAUCCAAACGUAAAGAUAGAGACGAAGAAUAA